ACAGCCUGCUUCUACAAGCUUCCACAAAAAAAUCAGAACGUUUCCAUUGUCUGGGAAUUUCUCACUCUUCAUGCCGCUGCAUCAAGGGGCUAAGGAAAUAAAAUUUCUCACUUCUGAAAAUCGAAAAAUGGAUUUGAUUUCAUCUUGCAAUAUGAGAGUCUCUGAAAUCUCAGCUCCACAAAACAAGAGCUUCUCUUACGGUUUCAGGCCUUUGUCAAACCGCAACUUCGAGUUCUCAUUUUGGAUGCACCCGUCUAAUUUAAUUCCAAUGAAGUCUAGUACGCUUCACGCAAAGAAGAGGAACUCGCAGACUGAGCCAGUUCUCAAGCCAACCUUAAUUGAAGAAGCAUCGAUGGACAAUGAAGACGAAGAAGAACAGCUUCUCUUCGGUGACCUUGAAGAUGAGGCAUUGAUGGAUGGUGAUGGUGACGAUUUGGAAGGUGACAAUUUGGAGGAUCAGUACGUGGAAGAUGAAGCAGAACUCUAUGUUGGAGAUGGGGGCGGGGGAGGUGGAAUUUCCCUUGCUGGGACAUGGUGGGAUAAAGAAGCAUUGAGAAUAGCUGAAGAAGUUUGCCAAUCCUUUGAUGGCGAGUUGAAGAUAUAUGCCUUUAAGACAUUGUCAAAUUCUACAAUUCAAGUGCGCAUUGAGAGGCUUACUAAUAAGUCUGGUUCCCCCACUAUGGAAGAUAUUGAAGCCUUUUCCACAACCUACAGAGCAUGGUUGGAUGAAGCUGAGCUUGCUAAGAUUAUACCAAAUGAUAUAUCCUUGGAGGUAUCAUCUCCAGGUGUUGAAAGGGUAGUUCAAAUUCCAGAAGAGCUAGAUCGGUUCAAGGAUAGGCCUAUGUAUGUGAAAUAUGUCACUGAGAUAGUUAUGUCAGAUUCAUCCUCAGAAAGUGAUGGCGUUUUCAGGCUCAUUUCCUUUGACAUAGAAACAAAAUGUUGCACUUGGGGUUUGGCAGAUGUGAGGAUAAAUAGAGAAAAAGCAGGGAAAGGAAGACCUCUUAGCAAGAAACAAAGAGAGUGGCGCUUGAGCACACCAUUUGAUUCCUUGCGCUUAGUUCGCCUGUUUUCUGAAAUUUGAACAUAUUUUUUUAAUCACCCUUUUUGUUCAUCCUAUGAUCAUGGAUACCAAUAGAAAACUUCAGCAAUACUCGAUGAUGUAUCAUGGUAAUAGCUACGUCAAAAUAUUAGUGGAGUUUUGCAAUUGCCCAUGGCUGGCAUACCAAUCUUUCUUCCCU